AUGACACAGCUGAGGCUGUCCUGGCUGGGACUGAGUUGGGAGGAAGCCUUCCCUUUGCUGUUCCUGCUGCUAGGUGGGGUCACCUGGUUCUUGAUCCAAAUUCUGAAAUGGAUCUACUCCUUCUAUGAAUACUACAGUCACCUCCGCUGCUUCCCUCAGCCCCCGAAAUGGAACUGGCUCUCCGGUCACUUGGGCAUGGUGCCUCCCACGGAGCAGGGUUUGAAGGAUGCAGCUCAGCUGGUUGCCACUUACCCCCAGGGCUUUCUGAUGUGGAAGGGCCCCAUGUUGCCCAUCGUCACUUUGUGCCACCCUGACAACAUCCAGUGUGUCCUCAGUGCCUCAGCUGAAGUUGCAGACAAGGACAUCUUUGCCUACAACUUCCUGAAACCCUGGCUGGGGGAUGGACUCUUGCUGAUUGCUGGUCACAAGUGGAGCCACCGCCGUCGCCUACUGACACCCUCCUUCCAUUUCCAUGUCCUGAAGCCCUACGUGAAGAUUUUCCGUGCCUGCACAAAUGUCAUGCUUGCCAAGUGGCAGUGCCUGGCCUCAGAGGGCAGCGCCUGUCUGGACAUGUUUGAGCACAUCAGCCUGUUGACCUUGGACACUCUGCAGAAAUGUGUGUUCAGCUUUGAGAGCAACUGUCAGGAGAAUUGGAAGAAAUAUAUUCUCACCAUCUCAGAGCUCAGUGCCCUUGUGACGAAAAGGAUCGAUCAGCCUCACCUGCACAGGGAUUCCCUGUACCAUCUCACCCGUGACGGGCAGCGCUUCCAGAAGAUCUGCGAAGUGUUAAAGAGUUUCACAGAUGCUGUCAUGUUGGAUCGCUGUCGUACAAUAGUCAGUCUCAGGACCAAGACUUUGAACUUCAUGGAUGUGCUUCUGCUGUGUGAGGAUGAAGAUGGAAAGGCAUUGCCACUUGAAGACUUACGAGGAGAGGCUGCCACUUUUAUGUUUAAGGGUUAUGAAACCACGGCCAGUGGUCUCUCCUGGGCGCUGUACAACCUGGCCAGGCACCCAGAAUACCAGGAGCGCUGCCGGCAGGAGGUGCGAGAGCUCCUGAGGGGCCGUGGGCCUGAAGAGAUUGAAUGUUCCUGUCGUGGUUUCCUUAGGGAGGACCUGGCCCAGCUGCCCUUCCUGACCAUGUGCAUCAAGGAGAGCCUGCGUCUGCACCCCCCGGUCACCGACAUCUCCCGCUGCUGCACACAGGACGUUGUGCUCCCCGAUGGCCGGGUCAUCCCCAAAGGUGUUACCUGCCUCAUCAGUAUUUUCGGGCUGCAUCACAACCCAGCUGUGUGGCCGGACCCCGAGGUCUACGACCCCUUCCGCUUUGACCCAGAGAACAGCAAGGACAGGUCGCCUCUGGCUUUCAUUCCCUUCUCCGCGGGGCCCAGGAACUGCAUCGGGCAGACCUUCGCCAUGGCGGAGAUGAAGGUGGUGCUGGCGCUGACUCUGCUGCGCUUCCGCGUCCUGCCCGAUGCCACGGAGCCGCGCCGGAAGCCCGAGCUGAUCCUGCGCGCAGAGGGCGGGCUAUGGCUGCGCGUGGAGCCGCUGAGCUGAGCUGUGCGUGCAGGGAGCUCGGUGACC